UCCGAAGGCUGGAAAAUGAGAUGCACGCAGCUAGAAAAGGAUCUUCUUAGGGAGCAAGGCAUAGUAUGCAGCUUGGAAGAAGCAUUAAGCGAUCUUCAACGCCAUGUACAUGAAGCUGUUAACUGUGAAGACACUGCUUUGGCUCCCACGGAGGUUGAUCGGAACUGAAUGAGGUAUUGGGUUCCUUCGGCAAAGUCAAAGUGACCAGCUGAUUACUG